CAAACAACAGACUCUACCGUCAAUCACUCUCAUCAACAUCAUAAGCCUAGCAGUAGGACAGUACUUUGGUAAACUUAUCUCGACAUCGUCAUCUUUCCCCACUCGACAGAUGAAUUUCGCAAUCAGCUUGUUGGCAGCUUUAUUGCUGGCCAUUUCCGCUCAAAGCCGAGGCACCCCUGGUACUGAUCCUAACAAACCGUUUACAUGUGCGUCGGACCCAUCGCGUCCAACGGGUAUCUGUAUUGCCAAGGCAAGUCAGAAUGAAUAUUAUGUCCACAGAGCCGAUCUAGAAACUGUUUAUUCGUGUGCAAACCAAUCAAUCAAAAACAAGCCAGUGACGGGAACUCUCUGCUGUUUUGAAAAUUAUGGUGGCGUGAAUCAACCACAGCCCACGAGCGCCAAUGCUCUACUUACCAGCUGCAUAGCACCUGAUCCAUGAUGUGUGGAGCUGGCUGUUUUUGUCGAAAGCGUUCCCAUUGAUGAGGUGUCUU